AUGAUGCCUUCGCAGGGGAAUAUUCCCACUCAGGGAGCCGAUGUGGAGCAAGACGAGACACCGACGGGCGCGGAUAUGGAUGCCGCUAUUCUGCUGCUGGGAGCUGGGAUGACGGCUGCCACACAUCCGCUGCUUUAUGUGAAGCUGCUAAUACAGGUGGGGCACGAACCUCUUCCACCAACUGUAGGCACAACUAUGUUUGGAAGUAGAGUGUUAUACCUGCCUGGCUUCUUCUCCUAUGCACGCCACAUUGUUCAGGUGGAUGGAAAGAGGGGACUCUUCCGUGGCCUGUCACCACGUAUCGCAUCUAUUGCAAUCUCCACUGUAAUCAGGACCAAAACUAAAAAGACUGCGGAGCUUGUAUCCAAGAAAGACAACACACAAACUCCUCUGAGGAAACUAAUGAAAGAGACCUCUCACGAGAUGCUCAUCCAGUGCCUGUCCAGAAUAGCAACUCAUCCUUUUCACGUUAUGUCGGUGCGUUGUAUGGCCCAGUUUGUUGGCAGAGAGGUGAAAUACAGUGGCAUUCUCAGUAGUAUCAGCAGGAUUUUUAAAGAAGAAGGAGUCGCCGGAUUCUACGUUGGUUUAAUGCCUCAUGUGCUGGGCGAGGUCCUCUUCUUGUGGUGCUGCAACUUGCUGGCUCACUUAAUAAACACCUACGCUGUAGAUGACAGUUUCAGCCAGGCAUCGGCGGUGAGGAGUUACACAAAGUUUGUGAUGGGCUUUGCAGUGAGCAUCUUAACAUACCCGUUUAUCUUGGUGGCUGAUGUCAUGGCGGUCAACAAUUGUGGAUUGACUGCUGGUCUUCCUCCACAUUCGCCCAUUUUCACGUCCUGGCUGCACUGUUGGAAUUACCUCAGCCACAAGGGUCUCCUGUUCAGAGGAUCCAGCUUCUUCUCACGCCGCAUGCCUGUGGUGUCCAGUAACGACUGA